CUACAAAUCUAUUACAUUUAUUGAGAAUGGGUGGACAGCAGAGUGUUAUCCCUGGAGGAGGUUCUGAAGGUUACCAUGUUUUGAGGGUUCAAGACGGUUCCCCUGGAUUUCAUGCUGGUUUGGAACCAUUUUUCGACUUCAUUGUUGCAAUUGGUAACACCAGACUGGACCAAGAUAACGAAACAUUCAAGGACCUGUUGAAAGCCAACAUAGAUAAACAUAUGCAGAUGACGAUUUACAGCAGCAAAACUCAGCAGCUUAGAGAGAUAUCUAUAGUGCCCAGUAAUAUGUGGGGAGGUCAAGGAUUACUCGGUAUCAGCAUCAGAUUCUGUAGCUUUGAGGGAGCUACAGAGAAUGUGUGGCAUGUACUAGAUGUGCAGACUAACUCCCCUGCUGCUAUUGCUGGCCUGCAUUCUGAUACUGACUACAUCAUCGGGUCAGACCAGGUUCUGAACGAGAGAGACGAUUUCUUCAUGCUGGUAGAGACGAGCGAUGGUCAGCCUAUAAAAGUGUAUGUUUACAGCGCUCUUACAGACGGAGUAAGGGAGCUGACUCUUACUCCUAACAGCAAGUGGGGAGGCGAGGGCAUGCUGGGAUGUGAUAUCGGCUAUGGUUAUCUACACAGAAUUCCUACACCUGAAACCGGCGUUGAGACGGUGGGUCCAACUGGGGUUGAUGGUUUUGCCAAUGUGGCACUAGAUAUGAAGUACACACCGACCCAGACACAAGCUGCAGUCACAAGUGGUAUGGCUAACCUGAACCUUGCACCACCUCCUCCAACCAACGCUGCUGCCAAUGCCAACCCUCCUCCGCCUAUGUUCGCCCCUCAAAACUUUGCUCUGAAUCCUGGACACAUGCCAAUUCCUGCUUCUGUGAGUCCAGUGCCUCACUUUCCUGAAGUUCCCCCACUGUCUGCUCCACCCUUCCUAGCUGCUGCACCACCAUCUGCUGUAGCACCUCCUCUUGCACCUCCAAUGGAGACUGUAGCUGCUGCUACCCCUCCCCCACUAGCUGCUCCUCUGCAAAUCCCUGCUCCUGUCUCCCUGGCUCCUGAAGUGUUGGCUCCUCCUGCUGCUCAACCAAUGGCUCCUGUUGCUCAGGAGGCCCCACCUGCUACUAUUCCUGUCACUUCUGUGGAACAAACCCCUCAAAUCCCAAUGUAUGCGCCUCAGUCCAUGCCUGUCCCCAGUUCUAUCCCUUCUUUUACCCCCAUAUCUGGGCCCCCCAUGUUUGCUCCUCCUCAACCUCCUAGUUUCGGAUCCGGGCUCCCUCCUCUACCUAACGUACCACAGAUGCCCGCGUUUCCUCCCAUGUCAAGUGCUGCUCCGCCCCUUCCUCAAAUGCCAGCAAUGCCCGGUCCAGUCUCUCAGGCAAGCUAAACUACAACCCACGUGUAACGCAAUUAACAGGAACACAUUCUACUGGGAUUUGUAUAUAGUCUUUUAGAUAUCAGAACAUUAGACUUAUUUAAGUUCAAGACGUUGACUUUUAAAAUAAAUUACGUUCUAUAUAUUACAUUAAGUCAUAUGUAAUUUAUUUUGUACAAGUUUACUGGUUUUGUUGUAAUUUACACAUUUUGUUCCGUGAAUGGAUUUAUUGGAUAAAUUCAUCUAAAAAUAUGCACAAUGUUAAGAUUUCCUUUGACAGUUCAAAUGUUUUAAAAGGUGUUAUUCUUUAUUUUUGACAUGACGGAUAAAAUUGGAGGGGUCCGGUUAAUAGUUGUUGAAAGUUAUAUUUUAUGAAGACUGUCUAAUUUAAGAUUGUUUUCACUUAUGUUAGCAUAUGAGUAAAAAUUCAAUUUUUGAACAUCGCCUA